GAGAGGCGUCGGGACUGUAGUGCCGAGCUCUGACUGGGAAGAGCGAAGGUCGCUCCCACUCAUUACCCAGUUUCCCAGAGCCGCCGUCCUCCAGCCGGACACUGCGACCGCGUCAUGGAGCGAGCCGCGGCGGCUGCGUGAGGGCUGAGGAGCCGGGCAGAGCCGAAGCGGCGCUGCGCUCGUGUAUCCAUACAGAACAUGGACAUCGGAUGGCCAACAGGUGACUUACCGAUAUUCUAGGUGGUGAGACAAAAAGAAAAGAGGAACAGCUCAAACACAGACACACAUCUGAUGCCUCUGGCCAGUCUGAGCUCAUGUUGUUUGCUUGCUGGGAUAAACUAGUGGCCUGGCCAGAGAGCACAGUGUUUCUACACACAGCAAAGCCCACACACAGGAUGUCGUGGGCCAGAAGCCUCUUUGUAGGCAGAGAGAACGAGCAAAAGACAGCAUGGGGUGAGCGAAAUGGCAAAAAGAGGAAAGACAGCUCGUCACUAUGCAACCCACGUUACAUGAGCUGCCUGAGGGACUCGGAGGAGUCAGAGACCCCUAAUGCGGCCCCUCAGCAUUACCACUGUGAAGCAGGUACCAGCGGGGGCAGCUUUGGCCUGCGCUGUGGGUGGCAGGAGGACCAUUAUGGGAAAAGGAUAGUCGGUGGCGGAGACCUGGGAUUUGAAGAUUGUAUGCUGAAGGACACAAUAAAAGAAGAAUCAGAAGAAGCAGCAGAAGGCAGCUGCAAGAGGAUGACCACAGCAGACUGCUGGAAGUGGCUUCUGAGUGUUUUCCAAUCCAAAAAAUUUCAGUCAGCGAAGCUAGAACGUCUGUACCAGCGCUAUUUCUUUAGACUCAACCAGAGCUCUUUGACAAUGUUGAUGGGAGUGCUGGUGGUGAUGUGUGGGGUCAUGCUUGCCUUCCACUGCGUCCACACAACCCGCAACGUGGCCUACAUCUCAAUACUGUUGGUGGCUAUGGUGCUGUUCCUCACCAUGAUGGUUGUUUGCAACCGUAACGGCUUCCACCAAGACUACAUGUGGAUUGUGAACUACCUGGUGAUCGGGGUUCUGAUUGUAUUGCAAGUUUUUGGGGUACUGAUGGUGUCCCCUCGCAGUGCCUCGGAGGGCAUUUGGUGGACUGUGUUCUUCAUCUAUAUAAUCUACACUCUGCUGCCGGUCCGAAUGAGAGCUGCUGUUGUUAGUGGAACAGUUCUGUCCACUAUUCACAUCAUCACAGCCUGGCAGCUCAAUCAAGAAGACAAGUUUAUUUUCAAACAGGUCGGUGCCAACGUGCUGAUUUUUCUGUGCACUAACAUGAUCGGGAUCUGCACCCACUACCCUGCUGAGGUCUCCCAGAGACAAGCCUUUCAGGAGACGAGAGGAUACAUUCAGGCCAGACUGCACCUGCAGAGGGAAAACCAACAGCAGGAGCGCUUACUCCUAUCAGUUCUGCCAAUGCAUGUUGCCAUGGAGAUGAAGGCCGAUAUCAAUGCCAAGAAGGAAGAUAUGAUGUUUCACAAGAUCUACAUCCAAAAACACGAUAAUGUGAGCAUUCUGUUUGCUGACAUCGAGGGCUUCACCGGCCUGGCGUCUCAGUGCACGGCUCAGGAGUUGGUCAUGACGCUGAACGAGCUGUUUGCCCGUUUUGACAAGUUGGCCUGGGAGAACCACUGCCUGCGUAUCAAAAUCCUCGGAGACUGUUACUACUGUGUUUCGGGGCUGCCUGAGCCCCGGGCCGACCAUGCCCACUGCUGUGUAGAGAUGGGAGUAGACAUGAUUGAGACCAUCUCGCUGGUAAGAGAAGUGACAGGUGUUAAUGUGAACAUGCGGGUGGGCAUUCACAGUGGGCGCGUUCACUGCGGGGUGCUGGGCCUGCGCAAGUGGCAGUUUGACGUCUGGUCUAAUGAUGUGACGCUCGCUAACCAAAUGGAGGCCGGGGGGAAGGCAGGACGGAUCCACAUCACCAAAGCCACGCUGCAGUACCUCAAUGGAGACUAUGAAGUAGAGCCUGGAUUUGGAGGAGAGCGGAAUGCGUACCUGAAGGAUCACAACAUUGAAACCUUCCUGGUACUUGGCUGCAGCCAGAAAAGGAAAGAGGAAAAAGCCUUGAUGGCCAAAAUGCAGCGACCACGUGCAAACUCCACGGAGGGACUGAUGCCACGCUGGGGGUCUGAUAGACCAUUCUCCAGAAACAAAGACUCUAAAGUCUACAAGAAGAUGGGCAUCGAAGCAGCAUCCAGUAAAGAAAACCGCUGCGUUACGGAGACUCCGGAGGAGGAGGUGGACGAGUUUCUUAAACGGGCUAUUGAUGCACGCAGCAUCGACCAGCUGAGGAAGGAUCAUGUCAGGAAGUUUUGGCUCACCUUUCAAACGCCCGACCUCGAGAAAAAGUACUCCAAAAAAGUUGACGAUCGUUUGGGAGGAUACGUGGCCUGUACUCUUUGUGUCUUCUUUUUUAUCUGUUUCAUUCAGGCAAUCAUUUUUCCAAAAACAACACUUAUGCUCGGUCUUUACAUCAGCAUCUUCAUCAUCCUCGCCAACAUCCUUUUCAUCUGUGCCAUCUAUUCCUGCAUUAAACGCUUCCCAGCUGCCUUUCAGAAUCUCACCAAGAAAAUUAUUCAGUCCCGAACAAACAGCACGCUGGUGGGCAUCUUCAACAUCCUCCUCCUCUUCAUUGCUUCCUUUGCUAACAUGUUUACCUGCAGCAGAACGAGACUGGAGGACUGUGUAAAAGAGGAGCUGAACGCCACAGCGACUCUCUGCCUACUUCACAACCUGACUAAAACAGCCGAGGACGGGUUGACUCUGUGCUCCAGUCAGACUCUGCCCUGCCAUUUUCCAGAGUACUUCAGCUACAGCGUGCUGCUGACCCUGCUGGCCUGCUCCGUGUUCCUCCACAUCAGCAGCAUCGGGAAGCUGGCGCUCAUGCUGCUCAUCCAGCUUGUCUUCCUCCUGCUGGUGGAGUGGCCUCAGGUGGCUCUGUUUGACAACGCUGACCUGCUGCUCAACGCCAACAGGCUGCAAUUAUCACCUGUUAAUGACUCCCUGCAACAACUUAGUUUCAAUGAAACUGCAGAACAGUGCCUGGAGGAUGUGACUAAGGUACCCCUAAAGGUCAUGAUUCCCGUAAUCCUGAUGGUUUUUGUUCUGGCUCUCUACUUGCAUGGCCAGCAGGUGGAGUCUACUGCACGCCUGGACUUCCUCUGGAAACUGCAGGCCACAGAGGAGAAGGAGGAUAUGGAGGAGCUGCAGGCGUACAACCGCCGCUUGCUGCACAACAUCCUGCCCAAGGACGUAGCCGCCCACUUUCUAGCACGGGAGCGGCGCAACGAUGAGUUGUACUACCAGUCGUGUGAGUGCGUCGCCGUCAUGUUCGCCUCCAUCAGCAACUUCUCUGAGUUUUACGUGGAGCUGGAGGCAAACAACGAGGGGGUAGAGUGUCUCCGGCUGCUUAAUGAGAUCAUCGCAGACUUCGAUGAGAUCAUUAGCGAGGAGAGGUUCUGUCAGCUGGAGAAAAUCAAAACCAUUGGCUCCACCUAUAUGGCAGCCUCCGGCCUCAACAACUCCACCUACGACAGAGAGGGCCGGUCACACAUCCUGGCUCUGGCAGACUACGCCAUGAGGCUGAGAGAGCAGAUGAAAUACAUCAACGAGCAUUCCUUCAACAACUUCCAAAUGAAGAUAGGAUUGAACAUGGGGCCUGUUGUAGCCGGGGUAAUUGGAGCCAGGAAACCACAGUACGACAUAUGGGGGAACACAGUUAAUGUGGCCAGCCGAAUGGACAGCACCGGAGUACCGGACUGCAUCCAGGUGACCACAGACCUCUACCACAUGUUGGUCAACAACGGAUACCAGCUGGACUGUCGCGGUGUUGUCAAGGUGAAGGGGAAGGGGGAGAUGACCACCUACUUCCUCACCAGCGGCCCCCCGGGUAGUUAACGACUGACCGGAGGGGAACUCUCACUGCAUCCAUGAGACUGAGCGCUCAGCCUGUCAACGAGCACGGUUCAGCCUCACCGGGGACAGGCCGGGGCCGACAGAGACGAGACCCUCUCUCAGAUGCACACGUGUACGUCGUCGUUGGUGUCUGCAGGCUUUAUCUCGAGCCGCCCAAGAGAUCACACAGCCCAGUUGCCUUAGGAUGGAAGAGGCUAUGCUUGUGUUUAAGAGCAAUAGUACAAGUUUAUCUGGAGUCUUUUAUUUAUUUUUGUGACAAAAACAAAACUGUUCCUCUUGGAAAAAAAUAUGCAAGGACAACGUGAAGAUGAAUAACCAAAGAACCAACUAUUGAUUCAAAAUACGCUGAUUCUGCUCAAGAGGACAACGAACUUAGCUAUAAAGUUCCUCCUUGGAGAGCGAAGGCCACGGAAACGUCUGUCACUGACAGGGUUGAACUCUUUUAUUUUGUUGUGAAUGAAGGAGAACGCACAGAUACGCAGACUGAAAACACAAUAACCUUGGUUUGGACUUUUCUGUGUUUUUAUCAGGGCUUUUUUUUUUCCUUCUUAGUUCCUUCCAGUCUGUGAUAUUCCACAAGACUGUUUGGAGUUUGGUCAAUGUACGAAUGAACACUCGUUCUCUGCCUUUUAGUUUGCGCAACACAGAAAACAUUUAAAUUAAAAAAAACAAAACAAGAACUGCAAAAUGAAGAAGGAAAAGUUGUGUUCAAACUGCACAACGAUGGGGAUUGUAACUCGUUAUAAAGCAUUGUGUGUGUGUGCGUGUCUGAAUGCUGAUCUGUACAGGGGCCUAUGGAAACUUUUCACUGUGAGAUUUUUACGAUCUGCUUUCUUGCCAAACAUUUUGCUGCAAAGGCGCAUUUUAUUCUUCGUAGUUGUGUAUCCAUUCCUAAUCUUUGAGUCAGAAUGAUGUUUUUAAGAAGAUUAUGUCCCUUUAUGCGCCUUUACCGGACUGUGAUUUAUGACUGACUUCAUUCCAAAUAAAGAUAUUUUUGGGGAGGGGGUUGUGUUACAAUGAGUGGCGGUAAACUGAAGUCCUGAUACCUUCAGGACAAAGUGCACACACUCUCUCCGUCUGCUUCGUAUUGCCUUUGAUAUUGUUCAGCACCAAUGUCGGCGUACUUCAUGGGCCAAAUUCACAGCAUAGUCAGUAUUUGACUCCAGUUUGUAGAAGCAGGAAACUGUUUGAAUGAAUGUAAGCAAUAAUGAAGGUUUUUGAAUGAUAUUUUAGGUCUAACAGUUUAGACUCUUCAUCAGCUAAAGGAACAGUUUGUCACGUUGUGUUGAUCUUGUUUCUGUUCAAGCUCCGAAACACUCAGAUGAUCAUAUUUGCAUUUAUAUUUCAGCAUUUUAAGAAGAAAAAGCCAAGCCUGCAAUCGACAUUUAAAACAUUAAACAAUUAGUGCAAUGAUAAAUUCACUUAUAUUCCCCUAUUAAAAGAAAUCAAUAAAU